AAGUCACACAAUAUAUGAGUGAAUGACGUAAUUAUUGAAGCAUUGAAUGCAAUGAUUCGGUGUUUUGUUUGUGUUGUGAUUAGCCGUCAAUUGAUUGCAUUGAAUGCCUAACUGUUUGUUGAAUUGAAUCAUAGUUUUGACACUUUUUGUAUGCUUUAAGACAUUUGAUAAUCACAUUUGACAUCAAUGAGUGUCAACAAUGAUAAUACCGACCAAUUGGUCAUUCAAGAAGACGAUACAAUUGUCACCAAUAAUGACAACGGUGACAUCAAGAAGUCGAAGAAUAAAAAUCGCAAGAAUAAGAAAAACAAAGACAAGAAUCAGACUUUAGAGGUGACGCCAAACGAUACAACACUACCGGAAAAGUGUUGUAACGACGCCUCAUGUGAUGUCACACACAAUACAUUUCAACCAAACGAAAGGGAUUUGAGAAAAGCAAUGGAAAUGCUUAGUCUAUAUCAAGGGGCCAGUUCUUCGGCAAAGACACCCGAAGAGGCUAUGAGGAAAAAGUAUGAGUUUUGGGAGACACAGCCGGUGCCCAAACUCGAUGAAAUACCAGAAGUUAAUGACGCCAUUGAAGCUAACAAAUCAAAUGAUCAAAUUAAGAAGGAUUCAUUAAAUCUUCCAAAUGGUUUCAUUUGGGAUACACUCGAUAUCAAUGAUGAAAAUACUCUCCGAGAGUUAUAUCUAUUACUAAAUGAAAAUUAUGUGGAAGACGACGACAAUAUGUUUCGCUUUGAUUAUUCGCCUGAAUUUCUUCAUUGGGCUCUCAAACCUCCCAAUUGGCAGAAGGAAUGGCAUUGUGGGGUCAGAGUUCAAAAGAGUAGCAAAUUGGUUGGUUUUAUUAGUGCAAUUCCAGCCAAUGUUAAAGUCUAUGAUAAGCAAAUAAAAAUGGUUGAAAUCAAUUUUCUUUGCGUACACAAGAAAUUGAGAUCAAAGAGAAUGGCUCCGGUCUUGAUUAAGGAGAUAACCCGUAGAGUCAAUUUACAGAACAUAUUUCAAGCCGUAUACACUGCGGGUGUGUUUUUGCCGAAACCAGUUGGCACCUGUCGUUAUUGGCACCGCUCUAUAAAUCCAAAGAAAUUGAUUGAAAUCAAAUUUUCUCAUUUGACCCGAAAUAUGACACUUCAAAGAACUAUAAAACUCUAUAAACUUCCCGACGAUAUUAAGACACAUGGCUUUAGAAAAUUGCAAUCAAAGGAUAUGAAAAAAGUCCACAAAUUAUUGACUCAAUAUUUGAAUGGCUUUGAACUCUCGCCUGUCUUUGACAUUGAAGAGAUGAUUCACUGGUUUACUCCGAGAGAUGAUGUCGUCGAUAGUUUUGUGGUUGAGAGAUCAGUUAAGAAUGGAAAGAAAGGAGAAACAGAGAUCAUAGGUUUUGCAAGUUUUUAUACAUUGCCGUCAACUGUUAUGCAUAACCCGACCUAUAAAAAUAUUAGAGCUGCCUAUGCCUACUAUUGCGUUGGCUCUGCCGAUGUCAGCCUUCAAGACCUCAUGCAAGACGUGCUAAUUGUUGCUAAAAAUGCCGGUUAUGAUGUAUUCAACGCCUUAGACCUUAUGGAUAAUAAACAAUUUUUGGAAAAAUUAAAGUUUGGUAUUGGAGACGGAAAUCUACAAUACUAUCUCUUUAACUGGAAGUGUCCAACACUGACAUCCGAACAGAUUGGACUAGUAUUGCAAUAAAUGAAUUUACAUUUAAUGGCCAAUAAUAUAUUUAUGUUUACUAAUUGAAAAUUUUUUCAUUGCACCAAACAAUAUUAUGAUUAAUAUUAAAAAUAUAGAUUUAAAAUGAAAGUAAUGUUUUGCAUGUUAUGUACCGUAAAUCUGGUCACUAAUAAGUUAGUUAUGAUAACAAACUAUUAUUUGCAUAUAUUAUUGUAUUA